AUGCCACGGUUAGUCACCUCCGAGCUUUCGGAGAGUUACGACGUGCUUUUACGUGAACCUCUGUGCAGUGAACGCGUCGUAGUUAAGAAGGAAAAUUUUUUAGAACGUUAUGCGGUAAAAUUUCGUUUCGAGCUCAACAAGACGCCAAAGGAAACAUGGGACAUGCUUAAAAUAGCCUUCGGGGAUCCUUCCAUGUCCUAUUCAUAGGAAAAGAAGUGGCACAAGUCGUCCAGGGAAGGUCGAAAAGACGUCACCGACGAGGUCCAUUCUGGACGCCUAUCAACAUCGCGAACGGACGAACACUUCACCCGUGUGCACGAAUUGUUGCACACAGACCGACGAAUGAGUUAGUGUUCGUAUGAUGUCGGAAUUAUUGAACUUGCCAAAAACCACUUUCCAUGAGAUUGUUUCGAAAGAUUUACGCAAAAUGACAAUGCGCCGUUUCACACAGCCUUUGUUGUCACCUUCUACUUAACUCGGAUUGGUGUCGAAACGAUUCCCCAGCCACCCUACAGUCCAGACUUAAUCCCAGCGGAUUUCUUUUUAUUUCCUCGAUUGAAUAGGGAGCUCAAAGGAUAUCAUCUGGGCACCCUGGAGAACGUCCAAGCUACUACGACAAUCUUACUGAACAGUAUUUCGGUAGAGGAGUUUCAGGGACCUUGUACAGCAUGA